UAAACUUGUCAAGAUAAACAAAAGAAAGUAAAAAAAGUUAAUUCUUUUAUUUUUAAUUAGUUAAUUUUUAGCUUUUGUUAAUUGAUUGUUGAACCUUUUUAUUGUUACAUUUGUUCACCAGCCAAUUGGUGCAAGUUUAAUAAUCAAGUGUCUUCACAGCAUUGAUAGUGAGUAAAUGGUUAUUUAGACUGGUUCAAGUGUAAAGUUGUUUUAAUUUUGGUUCAUCUUUUAAUUGUGAAAUUAUGGAGUCAACAUUGGACAGUUAUUUAAAGCGAAUCAUCUCUGGUAAAUCAUUGGCUGAAAUUAAAGACAUUUGUGAUUUUUCCCUCAAAGAUCAAGCCAUUGAAUUGAAAGCAACCAAAGGGAUUGCCAGUCAAACAUGUAAAUUUACACCAAUUUGUAAGCAAAAUAUAUUUUACAUUGUAACUGCCGUUAUAUUCAAUGAGAAAGAUGAACUUUUAAUGAUGCAAGAAGCUAAAAGUGAAUGUGCUGGAACUUGGUAUUUACCGGCGGGUCGAGUUGAACCAGGGGAAAAUUUGGUUGAUGCGGUUAGACGGGAGGUGAAUGAAGAGACUGGCCUUAAAUUUGAACCUUCAACUCUUAUUCUGGUUGAAAAUGCUAAAGGUAAUUGGUAUCGGUUUGUUUUCACUGGAACCAUUGUUGGUGGUUUAUUGAAGACUGUUUCACUUGCUGACUCGGAGUCACUUCAAGCUUCUUGGAUUAGUGAUAUCAAUCAAUUAUCUUUACGUUGUCGUGAUAUAUUGCCCAUCAUUGAUCGAGCUCGAACCUACUGGAGAGAGAAACACUUUUGGCAUCGAUCAAUCUUACCUGUUAUCCAAUCUCAUGAUAAAAUAUUGCUUCGUCUCAUCAUGGUAAUCAAAAAGAAAGCAAAUAAUCGGCUUCAUGUUUUAUCCUCUGAAAAAGAUGGUUGCCAUCUUCCAGUCUGUGAAAUCAAUCCAAUCCGAAGUGUUCAUGCUACUCUAAAAAGAUUUGUUCAGUAUAUUUUUAAUAAUCAAGCUCCUCAACACCGUCCUCAUGGAGUAUUGUCUAUUGAACACAGUGGAUUUCCUUUGACUGAAAAGGAUGGACUUUGCUUAACUUUAUUGGUUUCAUGUGUUGUUCCAAUGGAGCAAUCGUCACCUCGAGAUAGCUACUCAUGGCAAGAGGUUAACAUGGAGAUUGAGACACAGCUAUUGGAUCAUUUAACGAAAAAUCGAAGCCUUGCGUUCCAUAUCGUUUAACCUGUUUUCAUCUGAUAAUUAAACGUUUUCCAUUAUGCUCAUCAUUUAAAAUACGUGCAAUGAUCAAGAAUAUUCAAUUUAAUUUUAUCAAUUACAAUCGUUCAGGAUGAACUUCCCACGCUUACUUAAAAUGUGAUUUACAAUAGACUUGAAAAUCUAUUAGCGAUCAUAACUAAUGAAUCUCUUUUGGAUAAUCAAUAUCUCAUUUAAAUAAUGAUCUGGAAAUAAAUUAUGUAAUCUUUACUCGCAACUUCCAAUAAAAACCAUUCCAAGAGCUGAA